GUUUUUGUACAGUUGGAGAUGGAUCCGGAUGACAUGUCAAGCCCGACAGGAAAAAUACAUGCACAUGUCGUCCUUCUAACCCGUUGCACUCACACAUCGUUAAAGACGCAAUCCCUUUCCUUUCGUCUUUCUUGUAUUACUCUUCAUCUCUUCUUCUCCUCUUCUUCUUGUCCUAUUUGCAGGCAUGGCGAUCUGGUUUGCUAGAUCAAGAAACAUCGUUUCUAGCUUGAGACAGAAUCUGAGUUUGUCGGAGAUUCUCACCAAACGCACUUACUCUCGUCGUCCCGCUUUUACAGUCUCUCAGUUUUCUUCGACAGUGUUUUCGGAUCCCUUCAGGAGUCUACGUCACGAGUCAACCGCAGUGGAAAGACAGUCUGAUUUGGUUCAACAAAGUGAUGAGGAAGAUGUUCAUCAGACUAAGGAUAUAUAUAACUAA